CGUAGUAGUGUUGAUGUUGAUUAUUCGGUGAAAAGAAUUCAAACAAUUAGAAAAUUUAUAAUUUAUAAGUGACAUAUAUAUAUUUAAUCAUAUAAUAAAUAUUAUACAGAUUAAUUUAAGUAAUUGUGAUAAAUAUAUAUUGUUGUGUCAAUGAUUAGACUACGCUCUUAAAAGAGUGUUCUUUAAUCAAAGGUUAAAUUAGAAUAAGUUGUACUAAAUAAAACUGUUUAAUUCUUUUUUGACGUGUAUUUAAUACAUAAAAAAUGUCUUAUAUGCUAUCGCAUCUUCACAAUGGGUGGCAGGUGGAUCAGGCAAUUUUGUCGGAAGAAGACAGAGUAGUAGUUAUUAGAUUUGGUCAUGACUGGGAUCCAAUGUGUAUGAAAAUGGACGAAGUUCUUUACAAUAUUGCAGAGAAAGUGAAAAACUUUGCUGUUAUUUAUUUAGUUGAUAUUACACAAGUACCUGACUUUAACAAAAUGUACGAGUUAUACGAUCCUUGCACAGUAAUGUUCUUCUUCAGAAAUAAGCACAUAAUGAUUGACUUGGGUACAGGAAACAAUAACAAAAUAAAUUGGACAUUGGAAGACAAACAGGAAAUGAUUGAUAUCAUCGAAACAGUCUAUAGAGGUGCCAGAAAAGGUAGAGGUUUAGUUGUUUCACCUAAAGAUUAUUCUACAAAAUAUAGAUAUUAAUUUAUUUUAGUAAUAGAAUUUUGUGAGAAAUAAUUAUUUUAUAUUGAUGUAUUUGUAACUUGAUGAGAAAAUGUGAUAAUUAAGUUUAUAUUAAUAAAUAAAAGAAUGUUGUGAUUGAAAAUAGAAUUAUA